UCCCCCUUUGAGAGUUGGAAGUGGAAUCGUCCACAGUUUGUUGACAUUUGAGAACUUCCUUUCGGCUGUGUAUACACAACAUGUGGAUGGCAAAGGAGAUAUAUUUACCCAUAUGCUGACAUAAAAUACCGGGUUAGUGGGAUCUUCUCUAUCAUGGGUCAGAAAUCAUCAAAACCCAGAGACUUGGAUGGGGAACCUUCCCCUACACCUCGCAAGUCUCCAAAGAGAGGAGGAAUGAGGCACCCAGAGAGAUCAGAAACAGCCUUCCCCCUCAGGUCAGAGUCAGCUCCCGUCAUGGAGCAGAGAAUCAGUGUAGGGGACUCGCCAAAUCUGCCGAAGAGCAUUUCCUUAAAUCUGGCAUCUUCUAGCUCGGAACAAGAAACGGACUACGAUCAGCAAGACGCCGACUAUGAGCAAAAGGAAAACGUUCCCCAGACCUGGACGGAAAAGUCUGUUUCCGAUAGUCCCCUAAGGAUGAACGGCACUCACAUGGAGCCCUUCACGCCAAAGAUGGUCAACGGAGAAAUGCUUCCUCGGGCAGCCUCUACGCCCGCGACCACCUCAAUGUUGUGUACGGAACAAUUACAUAUAAACACAGACUCGGAUCAGGAGCAUACAGAUCAAAGUGAUGAUGAAGCUCUCACACCUGUCAGUCAGGACUUCUAUGAGAAGAAGGCAGUUCUAGACUAUGGGAAGUUUUACAACACUAGUUACCUGAGCGAAGGAAAGAGCAACUACCUGAAGAAGCCCCCCCAGACUCUCCGCAAGGCCCACACCUCUCCCCAUUUCCACCGCCCAGUCAACUUCUCUUACUCCAGAGACAAACCGGAAUUCUUGAAACCAAAGAAAAGUGGUAUGGCUGCUCUAGCUACGGGCACAAAAGUGGUGGUGAAGCGAACUAGACGGGUCUCCUCAUCCUCCGAGCUCCGUAAUGAGGAGGCGGUUAGGAUGAGCAUGUUCCCCGCCGCCAAGCCCCCACCCCCCAAUGAGAUCACCAAGAUAGAGCGAGAGGACUGGCCUGGACCCCCAUGUCCAGCAGCCAUUCUACCAGAAAUAUUGAGACAGCGACGUAAAAGUCGCGGUGAAACAGAUGAAGAGGAUGAAGAAAUGCCUCCAGAGGACCCCAAAAUUACCAAAGAAAUCGAGGAACUCUCCAAAUUUAAAGACCAGUCGGGCAUAGGCAAAAUAAUAUAUAAAGAACUGGAGGAAAAGCGGGCACAUCCUGUGAAGGCUCUGGAUCCAUGGAAAGCCUCUAGAGUGCCGAGUGCUGACCACGAACCUCGAUACAGUACACGAUACCAGUCUCCAAUGUUCGCCUCUCCCUCUAGAUUCCUGGAUCGACCCCGCCGGUACUGGGAUGACAGUGAUAUAUCACGAGGCUAUAGAACCAUGUCCACACAUCCAGUACACAGAACUAGUUAUUCCCUGACUCCAAGGGCUGCCACUCUUCCUGUUUCGGGCACGUUUGGAGGCCAUCUUAGCUAUAGAUACUAUGAUUUUGAAGAUCUAGGAUCCAGGAGUCAUCCGUCAGCAACUUCAUCUUCAACUGUUAACACAGAGCAAGAAUCUUUUGCAACUUCCAGUAUAUUAGGAGGCCAAGGUAUAUCUAUAAUUUCCCUACAGAGGAGUACGUGGCACACAGAGGCUGAUCCCCCGAUCUAUCCCUAUGAGAAGCUGAAGAUAAGUAAUUUCGACUUGCCUAAAGAUGUGGAUAGAAAUAUGUUGGAGAUUCAUUUACGUCAGGAAGACUUUAAUCAACUGUUCAAAAUGGAUAGGGAACACUUCACACGCCUUCCAGAGUGGAAGCGAAACGACCUGAAAAGGAAAGCCGACUUGUUUUAAUUCCCUUUGACCAGUGUCAAUCAAGUGAUACAAUGCAAGACGUUUUUCUCAUUGUUGUAUGAUUUAUUUGCUUAAAUCAUGAUACCUCUGCCUUAAUAGGAUAAUGUAGACGUUAGGCCAUGCGGUGGACAACAUAUCACUGUCUUGUUAUGUUCAACUGAGUUCGAUUUUUUUAAGAUAUCUUUUGGAUUACUGCAGAUCUGAACUGACAGCUGAUGUGAUAUGAGGAUCUGAUUUAAUUAUCCUUGGCCAAAUAACAGAACAAUCAAGUUUAGACAUGUUAGAAGUGAGCUUACUGAACGUAGAUUUUUUCUGCUGUAUAUUGUAAUAUAAUGGAAUUUAUGUAAGGUAAAGAGUUUUAUGCUUGAGCUGAAGACACUAUAAUUGAUGCUGUACUGAAUAUUGCAUUAUUGAAAUCAAAUGUGCAUUUAGUGAUUUUAUAGUGACUAGUCUUAGUGAUUUUAUGAACUGGGUUAGUGAUUUUAUUCAGUGUUAGUGAUUUUUAUUUGUUAGUGAUGAAUAAUUAUUUUAGAAUCAUUAUUUAUGGGUGCUAAGCUUUAUUACCUGUAUUUGCUCUUGUGGCAGAGGUUUUCAGCAAUUCUCGUCAGCUUUUUUACGUUAUUUUAAUUUUUUUGUUAUUUAUGAAGAAAUGAAAAUUUUGGCUCAUUUAUAAGAGUUUUACUUCAUGUCAUGGUUUUCGAGUCCAUAAAAUCUAAACAUUAUGCAUUUAUGUUUCAGGAUUAAUUCCCAGACAAUCUGUGUUAUAUUGGGCAGGACUUUAUUUUGGGUGACGGUAAUUGCAAAAUAGAUGCAAAAUAGAUGCCUUCUUGGUUUCUUGCUACAGAGCAUAGAUUUCAAUACGUGUUAGGACUUUACAAGUUUAGUUCAUGGCAUUAUGAUAUUGUGUAAAUUUUUUUUGAGUGAUAUUGUGGAUGAUAUUACUGUGAUUUAUAUAUUAUACAAAUCCGUUUUGAUUGCUUACUGGAUGCAAGUAUCUAAUGUAUGCUGUUAAUUCUUUUUUAUUGCAUGGGCUUUUUUUUUUAAAUUUCCACAUCUGACUUGCCUGAUGUUUUGUUUUCCCUUGUUUAAAGGGUAUAUCCAUUGUGAUUAAGAUUCCUUGUGUAUAAGUAUGUAAGUCAAAACAAAUCCAUUUUGUCCAAUGAUGGUGAUUGCUUUUUAUAGGUAUAUGUAUUUUGUGAGUUAUAGGUAAUUUUUAGUGGUCUUUUAAAUGGGUAAAAAGGAAAUUCAUGGGGCAAUAUUUUAUGUUUAAAACUAUUUUUGCUUUACAUACAUGUACAUAUAUUUUUUUCUCUAUUGAGUUAUUAAAAUUACAGUUAUUGAUGCUUUUACAUGGAAAAAAUAAAAACAUGCAGUAUUAGAUAAUUCAUUGGAAAUUGUGAAUCUUUGAUCAGUGUCUCUGAUGAAUAAAAAAAAUCACCCAAAUUUAUAA